GAUAUAGGCUAUUCAGAAAAGCAUCCUUGCUUUGUGAUUUAAUUAAGCACCAGGACAUAAAUAAAUCGCACAGCUAAAUAAUGUAAUGUUUUCUUAAAACAAAAACGCUUAAUCUCAAAUUGGAGCUCAAUUUUUCCAUAUUAGGGCAUAGAUAGUGGACUAAACGUACCUAGCCGCAAAUGCGUAUGGAAAAUCUAAACACCGACACUGAUAAUUCUAGCGAAUAGGCAACGGGAUAUCGGGCGUCCUUUUGUCUCCAACAUUAGAAGAGGCAUUUAGACUUCAACAGCAUAUAACCGCCCUCCGAUUCCCCCCUCCCAGACAGAUUUGCCCCAGCACCUCCUCUACAUUGGCCCAGCAGCGGCUGAACAGCGUCCUUGCACUUUACUAGGCUGUAACCACUGCCAUCAGCUCAACUUCUUCAGCAUCGCUUCAGCCGCCUCUGCCGCUGCUGCCGGAGCCUAUCUUCAGUCUCCCCCGUCCAGUCCUUUGGCUGUCUACAUCGGAUACACAGUCGUCCGUCGUUUUUCGUCAGUUAGACACAGGCGUAUGUGUGUUUUUGAUUAAUCUGAGGACAUUUCCCAUAGAUAAGAACAGUCUGCACCAAAGACGGGCUUCGGGUUUUACCCAAAGAUACAUCACCGAGGUUUCGUUUGAUCACUUCCACAUCAAGCCGCAGUCAUGGAUGAGAUGGACUUGCCCCAGAUGAAGAAGGAGGUAGAAAGCCUCAAGUAUCAGCUGGCCUUCAAACGGGAGAAAUCCUCAAAGACAGUGACAGACCUGGUGAAGUGGAUCGAGGAGUGUGUGCCUGAGGACCCUUUCCUGAAUCCUGAGCUGAUGAAGAACAAUCCAUGGGUGGAGAAGGGCAAGUGUGUGCUUCUAUAGAAGAGUAGCAACAGCAGCAGCAGCAGCAGCAGUGGUCGCCCCAGCCCUCCGUCUGAGCCUCCACCAGGCCUGACAGGAUCACACGGCGCUUGCUCUUUCUGUUUCAUUCCCUCACCAUGAAUGUACAGCAGUUUAGCAUCCACUGCACAACAAAACACACACUCGCACACACAUUAGCUCUAUAUAGUCACUUGCAGAACUUGACACUUUGACAUGCAUUACUAUGAUAUUUAUAACCAUCAAUGUAUCUUUAUAUGCAGUUAGUGGAAUUUCUCUUGCCUAUUCGACUUCAGUGUUGUCGCCGCUGCUUGCACGCUUGAUCUUGAGUUCAAGCAUGUAGUGUCGACAUCGAAAUGCCAGAAAAGGCCUGUUAGACAACAUACCGCAUGACAGAGGCGAAAAGAAAUGGCAAAAGAAUGGCUCAAAAAGGCGAAGGCAGCAAAUCUGUGAGUUUCCCUCUGUUAGGCAGCAUGUUCAGUUCCCCUGCAGGCCCGUGCACUAUUUACACCACACUCAGCACUCUCACUUACAGACCGUUUUUAAACAUGUACUGAUCGUUUUAAUUUAUUAACUUAUUUAUGAGCAUUAAUUUAUAUAUUUAUGGUUUGAUUCACUACCGAAGCUGUCGGCACCGACUGCUUUAGAAGCUACAAUGGACCUGCUGUUGUUCAACUGCACCCUUCCUUCCUUGAAAGCUAAAGGAUAAAAAAAAAAUCGCAUCUUGCCAGGUCACCAUCGAAUACUGCCUUGUACACAAUUUCCUUAAAAAGAAUGUAUGUGUGUUGUGAGGGACUAGUAAACCAUCAGCACCCUUCAGCAUUGAAUGGAUAUGCAAACGGAGAGGUUGUGCACUGGCCAAGGCUUUUCUUUUUCUUAGAUUAAUAGCUCAAUCUGCAUUUAUGGCAAGGGUGUGGGGUUAAUUUAUGACUUUUGAUUUGUUCAUGUUUUUAUAUAUUCAAACAGUCGAAACCUGUCUAAUUAUCUAGAGGUGUAUUACAUAUGAGAAUGCUUUGAGAAAAUAUGCAUAAGAUCAAGUACUAGUUUAAUAAAAAGCAAUAAGUGAUUAGAUUUUUUAUUGAAUGUUUUACAAAACAUCUUAU